AUGUUGCUCAAUGUGCAGGUCGCUACUAGCGCUCUCCUCCUCUCCAUCAAUUUGACGGGGGUUGGGGCUGCUACACCACCUUAUACCAGACCUGACUACUCCAAGAAGCCUUUGAGCUCAAAUGGGAUAUGUGACACUACCAAGACGCCUGCCAAGCGGGCGGCGGCCCUGGUUGCGACCAUGACGCCGGAGGAGAAGGUUGGGAACCUCGUUAGCAAUGCGACUGGUGCACCGAGAAUUGGGCUGCCACGAUACAACUGGUGGAACGAGGCCCUCCAUGGUGUCGCAGGCGCUCCAGGCUCCGAGUUUGCUGAUAAACCACCAUAUGAUUCUGCGACUUCUUUCCCUAUGCCACUUCUCAUGGCCUCCUCCUUUGACGAUGAUCUCAUUCAAGACAUCGGCACUGUCAUCGGCACCGAGUCUCGCGCUUGGGCAAAUGGCGGCUACGGGAGUGGAAUGGGUCGCGGCUCAGAGACUCCAGGCGAGGAUGCUCUGCAUGUAAGUCGCUAUGCCCGAUCCAUUGUCAGAGGCCUCGAGGGCCAUAAAAAGCAGCGUCGCAUUGUAGCCACCUGCAAGCACUACGCUGGCAACGACUUUGAGGACUGGGGUGGCUACACACGCCAGGACUUCAACGCUCGUAUCUCUGCUCAGGAUUUGGCCGAAUACUAUGUCAGACCCUUCCAGGAAUGCACCCGCGACUCCAAGGCCGGCUCCAUCAUGUGUGCUUACAACGCUGUCAAUGGCAUUCCCUCUUGCGCAAACUCGUAUCUCCAGGAGACUAUUCUGAGGAAACACUGGAACUGGACCGAGACUAACAAUUGGAUCACCAGUGAUUGUGGAGCUGUGCAGGAUAUUUGGCAGCGUCAUAACUAUACCAAGACCAAUGCUGAGGGCGCUGCCGUCGCCUUUAAGAAUGGCAUGGACUCUAGUUGUGAGUAUACGACUACCUCGGAUGUCUCCGACGCCUACAAACAAGGGUUCCUGACAGAGAAGAUGAUGGAUCCUGCUCUCCAUCGCCUCUUUGAGGGUCUUGUGCACACCGGCUUCUUCGACGGUGCCAAAGCUCAGUGGGCUUCUCUCGAUUUUGACGACGUCAACACCAAAGCGGCCCAAGCUCUAGCUCUCAAGUCUGACGUGAGCGGCGCAGUCCUUCUCAAGAACGAUGGCACACUACCUCUGAAGAUCAAGAAGAAAGAGAGCGUAGCCAUGAUCGGAUUCUGGGCCAAUGACAAGUCCAAGAUCCAGGGCGGAUAUAGUGGCCCUGCGCCGUUCCUCCACACCCCGGCAUAUGCGGCUAAACAGCUCGGCUUGACUUACAAUAUCGCUUGGGCUAUCGCUGCUGCUAAGAAGUCCGAUUACAUCUUGUACUUCGGCGGUCUCGACGUCACAGCCGCUGGCGAGGAGAAAGACCGCACCACUCUCGACUGGCCCAGUAAUCAGCUCACCUUGCUGCAGAAACUGGCCAAGGUGGGUAAGCCACUUGUGGUCAUUCAGCUGGGUGAUCAAGUAGACGAUUCUCCUCUGCUGAAGAACAAGGGCGUCAACAGUAUCCUCUGGUUCAACUACCCCGGUCAGGACGGUGGAACUGCUGUUAUGGACAUCGUUACAGGACGCAAGAGCCCUGCUGGAAGACUGCCUGUUACGCAAUACCCCAGCAGCUAUGCCAAAGCUGUAGGUAUGACGGAGAUGGAUCUGAGGCCCUCCAAGUCAAGUCCUGGAAGAACAUACCGCUGGUAUUCCAAAGCUGCGAUUCCCUACGGCUUUGGCAUGCACUACACCACAUUUAAAGCCAAGUUCAAGUCCUCCGAGAUGAAGUUCGAUAUCCAGAAACUUUUAGAUGGCUGUGGCGCUACUUAUGCCGACACUUGCCCUCUCCCUUCCAUCGAAGUAAGCGUCAAGAACACCGGCCGUGUGUCCUCCGACUUUGUUUCUCUGGUUUUCAUCAAGAGCGACAUCGGGCCAAAACCCUACCCGCUCAAGACACUCGCAGCGUACAGUCGCUCAUACGACAUUGCCCCAAGUGCCACCAAGCACGUCAAUCUUCAGUGGACGCUUGAUAGCAUUGCGCGACGGGAGCAGAACGGCGAUCUUGUGCUAUACCCUGGUACCUAUACGCUGUUACUUGAUGAGCCUGUGCAGGCCAAGGUGAAGGUGACGCUCACGGGUAAGAAGGCGACUUUGGAUAAGUGGCCUCAGCUGCCCAAGGUAGAGUAG